CGAAGAGAGUCGCGCCUCGCGCAUCGUGGCUCCUCCUCCUCCUCCUCCUCCUCGCCCCCUCCCUUCCUCUUCUGCUGUGUCCUCUCUCUCUCUCUCUCUAUCUGCCCAGGGGGGGCGGCGGGCGCGGCCUCGCCCCAGGGGCAGGGCCCCUGGCACAGCGCCCGGGGUUGGAGCAGCGCCCUUCUCGCGGGGCGCGCUGCGCGAAGAGUCGGGGACCUGGGAAGGCAGCCGCAGCGGCUCUCCCACUGGGUGCCUGGGGAUGCCGCCGGCAGCGUCCCCCGGCCGAUCCGAGGGCAUCGUCCCCGCGCCACCUGGGAAUUUCGUGGCUGCUUCCGCUGGCUUGUCCUGAACGUGUGCAGGGCUGAGCCUGAAAGGUCUACAAUGUCGCCAUCAGCGCGUGCGAGAAAGGCGGACAGUGGAAGAAAGCAUUGUUCUUGUUCAGAGACAUGAUAAAGGCGAAGGUGAAUAUAGAUGUUGUAAGCUACAGCGCUUGUAUCAGCGCUUGUGAGACAAUGGGGGAGUGGCAGCAGGGGCUGUCGCUUUUCAGCAAAAUGGGGAAGUAUACUGUGAAGCCGAACGUCAUAACUUACAGUGCUACGAUCGGCACGCACAGAAAAUACGGACAGUGGCAGCGGGCAGUAUCAUUGUUCAGCGAGAUGGAACGGGCGAAGCUGAGACCAAAUGUGUUCACCUAUACAGCUGUUAUUAGCGCAUGCGCGAAAGGCGCGGAGUGGCAGCGGGCCUUGGCACUGCUCAGCGACAUGGAGGACGCAAGUGUAGCUCGGUGCAGCGUCGGCUACGGCUCCGCAAUCAGCGCGUGCGUGAGAGGCAGGCAGUGGCAGCAGGCAAUGUCGCUUAUCAGAAUGAUGCUGGAAGAGAGCGUGGCACCAGACGUCAUUUGUUACGAGGCUGCAAUGUCCGCGUGCCGAGUGUGCGCGCGGUGGCAACAAGCAAAGGUAUUGCUCAGCGAAAUGAGGAGAGUUCUACUGCAGGUUGGGAGUGAAAGCUACGGUAUAGUAAUCGGCGCGUGCGAGGAGAGUGAGAAAGAGUAAGUAGAGCUGGUCCAUGCGUACAGUCGUUUGUCAGCGACGAGGGUGCGAAGGUGGAGCCUGACCUCACCAGAGACUUCGCAACAUUGCUGGCAACGCACAUCUUGGUCACAACAUUGCAGGCGUUGUCCACAUGGCCACCAGAACCGUCAUCAAUCGCAUGAUUAUGCGUUUCCCGUUUAUGAAACAUUGUUUGGUUUUGGCAUGCUGCGUUGCAUUACGCAUUCGGUUGGAGAGGACCCCCGCCGAGUCCAGGAGUGCGUCCGAAAGUGGGCAGGUGGCCUUGAAGCGGAUAUGUGCGCAGGAUAAGGCCGAGUAGGCGCAUAUUGCCUGGAAGCGCGAUAGCCAAACCUAGCCUCCAAACAUUACCUUGACGGACGUUGGAGUGCACAGUGGCAGAAGGAUUUCGGACGUUGAUUAAGAUACGGUCAAGCCAAUCAUCUCGGCGCGUGUGUUCACCUUUGCCCCGCACUUCACGUGCCCGAAAUGAGGGAGCAGCCCCGAGAACAGCAGCAUUGACAUCGCCAACAGAUUUGAUGAAGGAGCAGCCCACUACCUCCUACUUGUUUUCUCAUACCCAGGCCCAUUCAUAUUCAGAUUCAUGUAUAGCCAGUCAGAUCAUCCACACUCAGAUCCACCCAGAUUCUGAAGCGCUCAGGUUAUGGCUUGCACACAGCCAGUCACGCAGACCCAGAUUCAUUCACAGCCAGACUCAUUCACAUUCAAAACGAUCAGGUUCAUAGUCAUUCGCACGAACACUCAAUCAUACCCGUAUUCAUU